GUCACGCGCAGUUUAGGGAAGCAUAUGAGCACACACAGAGGAGAUAAGCGCAUCUCCCCCUCUCCCUCUUGCUCAGUGCAUCACGGCAGUGUGCAUUUAGCAGCAGCAUCCUACGCACCUGCACCGCUCACUAUCAGAACCAACGACAUUACAAUACUCAUCAUUUAAAAGAAAAUAAAAAUCCGAUAAAAAGAACUACAAGACAAGCUCGACUAAGGACGUUUCUUUUCUUUUUUUUCGUCCUUGCAGUUUUGGAUCUCUCCAUACAUUAGAUCGGACUUCCCUAUUCGACUUUUCAGGCAAAAUGGGGAAACAGAACAGCAAGCUGACCCCCGAGGUGAUGGAAGACCUGGUGAAGAAUACAGAAUUCAAUGAACAUGAACUAAAGCAGUGGUACAAGGGUUUCCUGAAGGACUGUCCCACUGGACGUCUGAACCUAGAGGAGUUCCAGCAGCUCUAUGUCAAGUUUUUCCCUUAUGGUGAUGCGUCCAAGUUCGCCCAGCACGCCUUUAGGACCUUCGACAAGAAUAGCGAUGGCACCAUCGACUUCAGAGAGUUCAUCUGUGCGUUGUCCAUCACAUCACGGGGCAGCUUCGAGCAGAAGCUUAAUUGGGCCUUCAACAUGUAUGACCUGGAUGGAGAUGGCAAGAUAACACGGGUGGAGAUGCUGGAGAUCAUUGAGGCAAUCUACAAAAUGGUGGGCACAGUGAUCAUGAUGAAAAUGAACGAGGACGGGCUGACGCCCGCGCAGCGUGUGGACAAGAUCUUUUCCAAGAUGGAUAAGAACAACGACGACCAGAUCUCGCUGGACGAAUUCAAAGAGGCGGCCAAGAGUGACCCCUCCAUUGUAUUACUCCUGCAGUGCGACCUCCAGAAAUAAGAUGAAGGGCGAGCGGCACAAGCCCGACAAGACGGCAUCGCCGCUACCGCCACGGACUGCACAGAAAGAAUUUCAUGUUCCAUUCAGUUUGCAGCUAUUUCCACUGAACAAAUAACAGAAAAAAUGCUUGGACGACCUUUCAAUGGAUCUUGCUUCUUGUGUUUAAAACACUUGUGUGCAUGAGAAUGUUAUUUGCUUUAACAAAACAUAAACACACACACACAGUGACAGACACACGUACAUAUACACAACAGUAAGCCACUGUAUAAUAAUGCCACGCACAAAUAAUAUAUAAAGAUAUAUAAAUAUAUAUUUAAAUUAUUUUAAAAAAAAAUCAAAUGCCAAAAUGUGAAGUGUGCGAUGUUUUUUUUUUCCCUCCAGUUUCAUUCUAUCGGAGCAUCAAUGACGUGCUACACUGGAUUUUCCGCUAUACUCUAUUUGUUGUUCCACUGAUGCUAGCUGUGCGUGUUUACUUAAAUCAACCAAACCAAAUUCCUAUAUGGUUAUGCAUCUGCCUCUAUCUGUCAAAUAUUAGCUCUAGAUAAUACAACAGACAAGUGGUUUGUCCGGCGUUUCCUUCUCAACAUGCUUGUACUGUCAGAAAUACUAAAAAAAAAAAAAAAAGUAGAUAUUUUGCAUGCCUUUAGGUUCUGCCUUAAAACGCUUAAAACGUUUUGCACCCUGCGGUUGAGGACAAGAAAGCCUUAUCAAAUUUGAUAGCUGUAAGGAAAACAUUUCUUUUUGAAAGAAAAGGGUGGGGAACCACAUCAUUGUGGGUUGCCUUUUUUUUUUUUCUCCCUGACUGCUUAUACUGUGUCAUUGUAGGUGUAGUAACCCUCAACCCCAGACUUUGAGCAUCACACACCGUCAUGAGACAAUUGCACGCCGUUGAUUUGAUGGGACGAAUCUAGAACAUAGACACUGUGUGAGUUCACCCAAAACAUCCCUGAUUAAGGAUCAAUCAAUCAAUUGGGUUUUUAAAUAUUGCCUUUCGACGGCCGAAAUUAUGAAUGUGUUUUUCAACACAAUCAAUUCCAGACUGAUCUUUGCAGGUCAGUACAAAUAUGGAAAUUGAGUCGAAGAGAAUUAGGUCUGCAUUUCAACUUUUUAGUUCUUUGUCAAAGAGUGCAUUCAUUGAAACAGAAGAGGACAACCCUUCUCGUUAAACAAUUUACCCGCUCAGCCUUUUUGUACUUUUUUAAUAUAUGGCGCUCAUUGUAUGAAUGCAAAGUGUCACGAAGGUCAGUAGAAGCGUGGGGCCUUCCCCAGAGAACCCAUCAUUAACUUUCAGUAAAUAAGUCCACCCUACCCAUUUUACGCUUUAAUUCAACACAGUCUAGUGUUUCAUUAGCAAUUGUGUUCUAAUACUUAUUCCUCAGUAGUGUAGCUUGUCCUUGUCGUUUAAAACUCUACCAGACCUUUUUGAGUUAUUUUUGGGGGGGGGGGGCAUUUCUAACUACAUGUCUGUUGUUGCAAAGCUCAAGAUGCCAAAUGUAAGCAAAAGGCAACUGUGUACAAGAAUUCUUUUGUAGCAUGUAUUGUGUUCCCGAUGACAUGGCUGCACUACACCCUGUGUUGUGAUUUAAUCUAAUAAAAGGAACUCUAUGGGCUGUUUUA